AUGGGGGCCUGUUGUUCAAAUAAGAAUUAAAAAUCAAGAAAUAUCUCAAAAUAAUAAUAACCACCUCCUAAAUCACAAGAUAAAUAUCAUAUAUUAGAAAGAGGAUAAGCAGAAAAUUAGCGUGAAUAAGAUUUAUAAAAAGUAUAAGAAGCAGCAAAACCAGAGACACAAAAUAAAUAAAAUGAUGGCUAAAAUUUUGACGAAGAUUUAUUUGUUAAUGAUAUUAUGAAAUAAUUUGACGACUUAAAUAUUCUAUUUAAUCAAGUAUAACAUUAAUUUAUUUAAAAGAUGUCAUCAGAAUUUGAUUAAAUAUCAUAGUAUUUAUUAUCCAUGUCUGGAAAUCCAGAAUAACAAUGA